GUGAACAAGUAUGUCACAUGAUGCGGUGAGGUCGAAACUGUCUAGUAUAGCACAGCUAUGUCAUGUUUUCGUUUUACUGACAAAUUACGCUGUUUGUCAUACGCACACACAGAGACCUGAGCCUUGACCAUAAACAGAGUAUUUUGAAUGGGCCCUGACAUCAUGCUUGCACCAGUGACUGCUGUGGUGAGAUUUGUUCAGUACAAUGGCAGUAUUUCACCCACACCAUUGGAGAACACUUCAGCAUUCCCAUCUUGGCAACCUGACACUGAAACCAACAUCUCCAAGCCUCACAAAUGCUUACAGUUUCUAUAUGAGGAUGUCAGAGACUCCAGGGUGCGAUUCUGGGACAUUCUCCUGCUAGUGCCGAAUGUGGCCUUCUUUGUAUUCCUGAUGUGGAAGCUGCCUUCAGCCAGAGCCAAGAUUCGACUCGCAUCUAGCCCUAUCUUCGUCACCUUUUACUUGCUGGUAUGACACAAACUAUCCUUGUAUUUGUGUGUAGCAGGAGUUGGAAUCACUCGGGCAGUUGUGUCCAUGACUGUCAGUGCAUCCAGUGCUGCCACCAUCGUAGACAAAGUGCUGUGGGAAAUCACCCGGUUGUUCUUGCUUGCCAUUGAGCUCAGUGUUAUCAUCUUGGGGCUAGCUUUUGGUCACCUGGAGAGCAAGUCCAGUAUUAAGCGUGUGCUGGCUAUUACGGCUGUGCUGGCUCUGGCCUACUCAAUUACACAGGGCACACUCGAGAUUCUGUAUCCAGACAGUCACCUGUCUGCUGCGGACUUUAACAUCUACGGCCAUGGAGGGCGACACUUCUGGUUGGCCAGCUCCUGCUUCUUCUUCCUGGUGUAUUCUCUGAUUGUGAUCUUGCCAAAAACUCCGGUAAGGGAGAAGAUAUCCCUGCCAUCUAAGAGGAGUUUUUAUGUGUAUGCUGCCAUCCUGUCUUUGCUGAACCUAGUCCAGGGCCUGGGCAGUGCUCUGCUCUGUGCUGGAAUUAUAGAGGGACUCUGCUGUGUGGAUGUGACCACCUUCUUAUACUUUUCCACUUUUGCUCCACUGAUUUAUGUCACAUUCCUCAAAGGAUUCUUUGGGUCAGAGCCAAAGAUCCUGUUCUCCUACAAGUCACAUAUGGAUGAGCCAGAAGAAAGCGAUGUUCAUCUUCCCCCAACAACUUCUGCAAGCCUCGUUCGUAAGGAGCUGGCUGACCAGUACUACUCUUCCACCCAGAUUGAUGGAUCAGGUCUUAGCCACCCUGGUGUGGUUGGGGCAUACCUGGAUGAUGUUGCCUCUGGACCCUAUGGGUCCAGCAGUAUUAACAGUGUUGAGGCUGACCUCUGGAGACCGAUCAAUGUAUGAUCCAUAAAGACAAUCACAGAUGAUUGUGGUGGGACUUUGUACAGAAUAAUGAUGUUAGGCAGGAAAGGGAUCAAAGUUGGAUAUAAAAUCAUUGAACAAAAGUGUUAAAUAUUAAGAAGGUGUAAAUGUGGCCUUGGUACUAUCCUGAGCGUGUUAACAAGUGGACACACAUGGACAAAUUUGUUUGCUAAUUCUGAGCAGGACUAACACUAAAUGCUUCUGUAACACUGUUGGCAGAGUGACCUGCUGUGUUAGUCCCAUGCUCAGCAACAUGUUCAUUGCUGUGGCUUACAGGUUUUUUCUUUCUAUUCCACAGCUUUUUUUUUUUUUUUUUUUUUUUUUUUUUUUACAUGUAUGCUAGGUGACUACUGUCAAUACAUAAUGUAUUAUUUCAGUAUUGGCCAUAAACUGUUAAGGGGAACACUGGUAUUUUUAAUCCUGGGCUCUUUUGAGAUGUUUUUGGUUUCUCCUUUUCAGUCAAUCAAUUUAGCCUUGAAUUAGAACACUGACACAGUCGUGUGAAACGGCUCUACAGUGUAGCCUAUGGGCAAAAAUAAAAACCUCAAGGUAUACCACUGUUUGUGUCCACCGAAUAGUCAGAAAUAUCAUUAGAAGUGUGUGGAAGCAUGGAGAAGGACCUCUACAAAGGUACACAUGUAUGUUUACCUCAGUAAAUGUAAAGAAAUGCUUUAAAACGACUGGUGAUACAGGCAGCAACUUACCUUAGCCAUUGCCUUGUUUGAGCAUGUGGUGCUCAUUUCCCAAGAAUGAGCACAUGCAUAAAUGAAUGUUGGAGAGCAGUGUGGCCAAAUGGGAAGGGGGGCUAGAAGUUGCUGCUUUUAAAAAGUUUCAAUUUGCUGAGAUAAUCAUACAUUUACCUUCCAAGGAAUCCUGUUCAUGCUACCAAACUCUUUUAAUGACAGUUUCACCUCUUCAGUAGUGUCAAGAAGCAGUUUGCUCUGAAGUUGUUAGUUUGCCUUGCAGAGCUGAUGAAUCUGAGAUUAAUGCUCUCAUGCAAUACCAGACCAUCACUUUUUUCCCCCAAAUGAAAAAUUGAAUCCAAAAACAUCUAAAAAUGGAGCUCCCCUUUAAUGCUCAUUCAGCAUCUGAGUCAGUAAAAUCUUAAAUGAUUUAGAUAACACCAGAGUACAUUCUCACUGAAGGCUUUCUGCUUAAAUGACUGCUUACAUUUUGUUAGCUUUAGUAGAGGACCUAGCCGAGACAUGUACGCACAUCAUUUAGGAGAAAAUAACUCACCUGUUAUAGAAUAAUAUGACCUCAAUGAACAACUUGAAAUAUGUGCCAAAAUCUCUAUCCGGAACACCCCAAAAAUAACCACUCCCUUUUAAAAAUGACCGCGCCCUUGUUCGUCCCAAGUGCUACUUCAGAUACAGCUGUAUUUUCUAAACUGCAGCAGCUAUAAAUUUUCCAAAGUACUCCUAUGUUCAGAAUGACCAAUACCUGUUUGGGAGGGUCAUAGAAGGGUGUAAUUUUGAUAUUUUAAGAGAAAAUGUCUAAAAUAAGUCGGUCAACUUAUUACUGUACAUCGAAAUAAAGCAAACAUUUGCCAAAUAUGCAAUUUUAUUUUCAGUCAGAGUUAUCAGUGGAAUAUUGAUUUAAAGGUAGUUUGACCUAAUGUUUACCAUCGGUUUUCUCUUAAAAUAUCAAAAUUAGAUGUUUUACACUCUUCUAUGAUCCUUCUAAACAGGUAUUGGUCAUUCUGGACGUAUUGAGUACUUUGGAAAAUCUGUAGCUGCUGCAAUUUAGAAAAUACAGCUGUAUUUGAAGUAACACCGUAACAAAAAAGCGUGUGGUCAUUUUUGGACUGUUUGUCCUGAAUAGAGAUUUUGGCACAUAUCCCAAGUUGUUAAUUGGGCUCAUUAGUCUAGAACAGUGGAGUUAUCCUCUCCUAAAUUAUGUGCAUGCAUGUUUCAGCUAGGUCCUAGGCUACUUCUUGACUUGGUUGGUUUGGUGUGUGCACAGUCACUGAAUCACCAAUGCAGGUGUUGCAUUUCAUGUUCAAGAUCAAACAUUCUGCUAUUCUAAGUCUUAAAAGCAGUACAUCUGCCAUUUCUUUCUUUCCAUUUAAAAUUUUCAUUUUUUGCCCUACUUUUAUCAUGCGAGACCAGUCAUUCCUGCUGCAGAAAAUAUGUGUAUCACUUAUUUUGCUGCUCUUCCCCCAUCCCUCUGUGCACAGAUUCUAAAGUAUUUCACUGUUGUACCACACAGAUGCCAGCUGAUGUCUUUCCAGUUGUUUAUUUCACCUGAGCAACAGGUGUCAGAUUUGUACAGUCACUAUUUAAAAAUGCUUAUGAAAUA